AUGGCUGGGAAGUACAACAUCGAAGACAAAGAGAAGAUGGUCGCAUCUUCCCCAACGCCUGAUUUGGAUCGAUAUCAACUGUCCCGACAAGAUGCGUCAGUCAGUGCACGAAAGAGUCCUUUGGGCAGGUAAGCGAUCUUAUUCUUAGCCAUUUAAAUGUGUAUUCAGGACCGAUGAAUUAUUGGUGGAAUUAGACGAUGAAGAAGACACAGACUUGCGUCAUCUUACAGGUCGACCGCAAAGUGUGCUCUCGAUGCCAAUGAGUCCCAGCAGUUUUGAUGAGACAACGGAGAACGAUCCAAUAGCCCCAUUGAAAUGUAAAACAUCACUGGGGGUGUAUGGAUCAAAAAGUCAGCCUUUAACCAACAAUGGGAAGAUAAAUGACAGAAGCAACAACUAUUCGAAUGGUCAUGUGCUAGUGAAUGGAUCGUCCUCUAUUCCUGAACUUCAGUUCUCGUCGUCAGAUCAGAAUGUAUCACACUCAACAUCCGUUAAUUUUACCGGUCAUGCUUGGAAAAGUGCUUCAUUUCGACCCACCUCGGCCUUAAAUGGAAGAUCCAAUGGGUUUAAGGUCCAAAAAAACGUUGAUGAGAAUCACUUCAACCGAACAUUUAGUCUUAGGGUUGAUUGUCCAGCCGAGGAGUCCCGCAGUCUUACGCACACUCCCUCUUUGAGUCAAUCAGCUUCUAGGAACGGCUUCAUGAGCGCAAAUGGGAGUAUGGAAUCGCAUGAUUCUAAUGGAUAUGGUAAUAACUUGGUUUAUCACGGUCCCGACUCACGACUCCAACCUUCACUUUCGACGCCCGUGCCUGGCGAGAACGGUACGACAAUUAGGAAGGAGGAAUAUCGACGAUUCAAGAGCGAAGGUGAGUCCAUAAUUCGCCUCUUUCCCGUCAUUCGAGUUAAUUUAUCUAAUAACUGACGCAAAUUACAGGGAGUCAGGACUUUUCGGUCCCCCCACUUUCGGUCCCCGCCUUUUCGGGCCCGCCUUUUGGGGUGGGAGACUUUUCGGUCCCCGUCCUUUCGGCUGGCGCCUUUUCGGUCCCUGGGCUUUUCGGGCGGGGACUUUUCGGGUGAUGAGUAAAAAAUUGUACAACAAGAUACUACUGAUGAUGCAAUAUUGUAAAUAAUUUUUAAAAAAACUUUUUCAUCCGGUUUUGGGGUUUUCGACCAAAAAACAGAUUCUUUUAGAUAAGCGUCCGAGAAGAAUCCGAAAAAGAAGUUUACAUUUGCCAAAAAGUAUUUGAAAAAUUAAUUAUUAAUAAUUUUUAAUUAACGAAUUACAAAAGAAAAAAACGGAAAAUAACAGUAAUAACACAAUUCGUAAGUGAUAAGAUUACUAGUAAUGAAUUUUCCGAUUUAAUGCAGGAUUUUAUGCCAAUUUCAAUUAGAAAUUCAGCUUCUUCAUGGACGAUUUGAUAAUGUUAAACUUUUAUCACUUCUUCUAAUGUUAUUUUGAAGUUUUGUAUUGAAAAUGUCGCAGGGUGGGUGGGUGAUUCUAACUCGAAACCCCCAAAAAAAAACGGAUGAAAAAGUUUUUUUAAAAAUUAUUUACAAUAUUGCAUCAUCAGUAGUAUCUUAUUUUACAAUUUUUUACUCAUCACCCGAAAAGUCCCCACCCGAAAAGCCCAGGGACCGAAAAGGCGACAGCCGAAUGGACGGGGACCGAAAAGUCUCCCACCCCAAAAGGCGGGCCCGAAAAGGCGCCACCCGAAAGAGGGGGGACCGUAAAGUCAGUCUCCCAAUUACAGAGCCUUUUGGCAUCCGUUAUCUGUUUUGUAGUUUCCCUUGUAAAUGUAGUCUUUUUGCCUGAGGCAGUUAAGCGCCUUAAAAAUACAUCCCUCCUAACAAAGUAAUGUAUUUGGUUAGGGUCGACGGGCGGUAACGGGCACAUGCCUUCCACGGACAUGGAUAUUCCCCUGGAUGACCUAUCUCCCAUCGCGGAUCGAGCCUCUCCCUCAGGUCGGAUCAAUCUUUUCCAGGUAAAUUUCACCUCAUUGUCGCAAAGAAUCCCCAUGCAUAAAAUCAAGAUAACAGAAACAAUUGCAGAAAUCUCUUCUCCAAAUACAAGAUUCCGUAGUAAAUGGCCCCGUUCCCAAACAAUCCCAAACCGAGCAAGUCAUGAUGAUGCACGUCUUCAAGACCAAACUACAGAAAUAUCAGACAUUCAUUGACAGGGCCUUCGAAUCUAUCCAGAAAGAGCCAAGCGAGCAGAUCUUCGAAGGAUGUGCAAUUGUCGCUAAAGUAAUGACAAAAGCAUGGCUAACACCCAAGAUCUCCCACGAUCUCGCUUACGCGUUAUGUGACUAUCUUAGGGAACAGAAUUAUUUCGAUGUACUCAUAGAACUGUUCAUCAAGCAAGGCGUAUGCGACUCGAGUAAGUUUGCGAAUAUAAUUUAAAUACCUUACACCUACUUACUGAAUGUAAAUUUUUUAGUUAGACUAUGUUGCGGACGUGUACUAGAAGAGUGUAUGUCCCUCAACAACCGCGAUUACAUCGUCACUAAAGGCUACUUAAUGAAAGUUGCAAAAACUGCAGAAAAACUUAAUAAAAAUCAGGAAGAACAACGAAUGUCAUUAUCAAUUCUUGAGAACCUAUUUAAGCAUUCAACGUUGACAACCACCAAGUGAGUCCAGCUGAUUAAGAUUCACCUUAUUACCAUGUUCAGGUUGAUCGAGUUCGGUCUUCUCGACCAUAUUUUGUUGACCUGUAAGAAGGCAACAGACAACAAAAUCACCCUCAGGCAUGCGGCUCUGGCUUUAGCCAAUCUUUCCCUCUAUAGCAGUGUGGAAUCCAAGAAAAAAAUUAUUCAGAAAAAGGUAGGGAAAAAACUUUUGUUGGUUAUUCGAAACAAUUCAGUUGCCGGACUGGCUUUUCUUGCUGGCUUCUCAGACGGACGACAUCACCAGGUAUUAUGCCUGUCUGGCCAUCUGCACUCUAGGCACCUCGAAGGAGAUGGAAAGCGCCGUCUCAAACUCGGGUACAUUGUCCCUGGUGGAGCCCUUUCUGUUAGAACAUCAACCCAGUACUUUCGCCAUUCAUGAUUAUAAACACGCACAGGGUCGACCCAAAGAAUGGUUGCAGAUGUAAGAGAAACAUUUUUCAAUUUUUUCCCAUGGAGAAGAAACACACGAAGGGCUGAAAUUUGUGUUGCAGGUUGUUGCCGAUGCUUAAGUCUAAAUGCCGGGAGGCCAAAAGUAUCGCCGCAUUCCAUUUUGCUAUGGAAGCUGCCAUUAAGAAGGACCAGCAGAAACUCGAAAUUCUUCAAGAAAUCAAAGCCAUCGAAGCCCUCAAAGAAGUCGCCUCGAGUCCGGACGAAGUUGCGGCCAAAUUUGCAAGCGAAGCACUUACUAUAAUUGGAGAAGAGGUCCCCUACAAACUUUCUCAACAAGUUCCCAUCUGGACAAACAAUGAUGUUCAAUAUUGGGUGGAGAAAGUAAGUUUUAUUACCUAAAAUUUUAAUUUUUACCCGAAAAAUUCGUUGCGACGACAGUUUUUUUGACGUGUAAUAUAAUUUGACAAAAUGUAAGGCGACAUUUUUUGCGUGUAAAUUUGAGCUGGAAUGUGUUUGUAUAAGUACUUUACAACCAUUUACACGUUAUUUUUAGAUUGGAUUUGGAGAGUUUCGCCAAGAAUUUGCAAAGAAUAUGGUUGAUGGAGAUCUCCUUUUGUUACUUUCUGAAAAAGAGCUGGAAGAAGAUCUAAAUAUGAAGUCAGGUAUCCUAAGAAAACGGUUUAUGCGAGAGCUGGAAAGUUUGAAGGUCAGUUUUGUGCGAAAAUUAUCUCAGAUUUUAGAAAUUAUUUACUUUUGACACUAUAACAUUUGCUUUAGAUCGCAGCAGAUUACUCAUCAGUUGAUGAAAGCCAGCUCGAUCAGUUUCUAAUGUCUUUGGGACCAGAGCUUUCGGUUUACACAUAUCAAAUGCUGGGAAUUGGGCUUAACAGGAAUUUGUUGCCUCAUCUAACCAACGACAUGAUGAAAGAUGUGUGUGGAAUUCAGAAUCCUAUUCAUCGGUUAAAACUUCGUCAAGCCUUACAAGGUAAAAAUGCAGUCACUUGUAGAAAAUUUUUGAUUUAGAUAGCAAACACAUUGAUGAUAUCGAGGUGGCGAUUCUUAGUAAACACAUCGACGUAUUUAUCAGCUACCGAAGAAGCACUGGAAAUCAGCUUGCCAGUUUGAUCAAGGUCCUUCUUCAACUUAGAGGAUAUAAGGUCUGUUUUAAUUAACGCUUGAGUUACGCAAAUUUAGGUAUUUAUUGAUGUUGACAAACUCUACGCCGGGAAAUUUGAUUCACAUCUUCUGAAAAACAUCCAAGCAGCCAAGCAUUUUGUUUUGGUUUUGACUCCACAUUCCCUUGAUCGCCUUUUAAAUGACAAUAAUUGUGAAGACUGGAUUCACAAAGAGGUAAACCAUUUCCGUAGACCAUUUUUAACCUCCUCACGAAUACACACAACCUGAUGCAAUUUAGUUGCGAUGUGCAUUUGAACAUCAGAAAAACGUGAUUCCAAUCUUUGACCAGCAUUUUGAAUUCCCAGCAGUUGAAUCAGAGCUGCCAAGUGACAUCAGGCAGAUAACAAAAUUCAAUGGCGUCAGAUGGGUCCACGAUUAUCAAGAAGCCUGUAUUGAUAAAGUGGAAAGAUUUAUCAAAGGAGAACUCAAUAGGACACCCAGCAUCGACCCCCAACAAGUAAAUUAUUUUUCUUGAUUUUUUAGUUGUAGUAAUGAUCACUAGCCAAAUUUUUUAUUUCAGCUUCAAGCAUCACCCACAUCAGGUCAAAAGAAAAACUUUAAGCUCAACGGAUCGUCAACGAAUUCAACCCGACCGACGGUCGCUUCACUCAACCGAUCGAAACACCCGGCUGUCGAACAGACCAGUCCAUCCAACACCACCGUCAGCACUUUCAAACUCAAUUCUCCCACCUCUUCCAAACUUACAAGUCGUCGUUUGCCCAGUAGAUCAACUUCGGUGGACAAGCAACGACGGAAAGUAUUUUCUUCGGCCAGUACCGUAUGUUCCGAGAAGUAG